AUGAAAAAAAUCGGAGAACACGACAAUAUAGUCAAGCUGUUGGGUUGUGUCACUAUGGACCAACCGUAUAUGCUGAUCAUGGAGUUGGUACCAUGUGGGUCCUUGAAAAAAUAUUUGUGCAGGCUGAGGGAAAAGUGGAUCAAAAUGAAGACCGAUAGAUUCUUCUUUCCUGACAAUAAUGUUGGUCAAGAUCCAUCACAGGCUCUGAAGUACACAAGUGUCAUUUUUGAAAAUAGCAAUAGCGACUCUUACAUCGUACCUGAUAAUAUUUGUAUGGAUGUUAAUCGGGAAGGACAGCAACUGAAACGACCAUCACCGACCAGCUUAAAGCCGUUAACUUUCGCGAACGACAGAAAACGGUAUUUUUCCGAAGGGUCCCAGAUGCCUCAAUCACCGAUGUCUUUGACUUCCAGCCAAUUCCCCUCAUGCACGAACACUGAUAUUACUGUUUUGGACACUCCAUCGCCGUUGUUGAAUGAGAUGAAUGACCUCCUACAUGCCAUACUGGAUCAUAAAGAGUUACAGAAUUUCGCUUACCAGAUUGCCAAUGGCAUGCGAUAUUUGGAGAGUAUACAAAUAACGCACAGAGAUUUGGCUGCCAGGAACGUCCUGAUGUCGGCCAACAGAACCCUGAAAAUAUCCGAUUUCGGCCUGUCCAGGACCGGCGUGUACGUGAGCAGCGCGGGUGCCCGGCUGCCCCUCAGAUGGAUGGCCUUGGAAGCCAUCGAAGCUAGGACUUGCGACCCUAAAACGGACGUCUGGUCGUUCGGCGUGGUUCUAUGGGAAAUUGGGACGCUGGGUGUCUUGCCAUACAAAAACCUCGACGACUGCCAAAUCCUGCCAUUUCUCAGGGCCGGCAAACGUCUGGACCGUCCAGGAAUAUGCACCGACGACCUCUAUUCUCUGAUGUUGAGGUGCUGGCGAGAAGACCCGGAAGAAAGACCUUUCUUCGCAGACUUGGUGGAUCUUCUCGAUGUAAAGAAGAGGAAUAUGUACGUCGAUUUGAGGGAAGUGAGUCCGGAGUACGUUUUUUCCUCAACCACCAUGAGCGAAGAUGAUACAGAAGAUAAGUGA